CAUUUCCGGAAUCAAGCUCGCCAAAAUUGCCAACAUGGCGCAGAAAGAAAGUCAGGCCGGAGUCUCACUCCCAGUUCUUUAUGCCGAUUUAAGCAAACAUGGGCAAAGCCAAGACUUUGAAAGAGCACUUAAAGUUGCAAACAAGAUAUUACAAGAGGCUCCGGGGGAGGUGGAGGCAUUUCAGAGCAAGGUUGUCUGCCUCAUCAACUUAGAGAGGUUCAAUGAUGCACUCAAUGCCAUGAACAAAGACAAGAAUAUGCAGAGCAAUGUUCGUUUUGAGAAGGCCUACUGUGAGUAUCGUCUGAAUCGAACCCAGGAAGCUCUGUCCACACUGCGGGCAGGUGGAGAUAAUCUGGACAAUCGAUGCAAAGAACUCCUUGCUCAAGUGCUGUACCGCCUUGAAGAGUACAGUGAGUGUUAUGACCUGUAUCGAGAUCUCAUCAAGAACUGCCAGGAUGAUUUUGAUGAAGAAAGGGAGACAAAUCUGUCUGCUGUGCUUGCUUCCCUUCAGAUGUGGGAUGGCAAAGAAAUGGACUCCCCAGAGGUACGUGACAAUACCUAUGAGCUGUGUUACAACCACGCCUGCUGUCUCAUUGGUCAAGGAGAUAUAAAAGGGGCGGAGCAGAAACUACGACAGGCUGAAGCUAUGUGUAAGGAAAGUUUUGCUGAUGAUCCUGAUGUUGGAGAGGAUGAAAUAGAUGAGGAAUUGGCGAUUAUCCGUGUCCAGUUGGCCUACCUGUUACAAAGACAAGGCCGUGUCAGCGAGGCAAACACCCUGUAUAACACCGUUCAGAAGACAAGGCCAUCUGAUAUGGGGUUGGUGGCUGUUCUCUCUAACAAUGUGGUGGCCAUUAAUAAGGACCAGAAUGUAUUUGACUCGAAAAAGAAGAUGAAGGUUGCUACCGGAUCUAACCUGAAGCACAAGCUGUCGUCUGUGCAGAAACAGGACAUUGAGAUGAACCAGUGUCUACUGCACAUGUAUUCUAACCAGGCGGAUCAGUGCCACCAGUUAGCGGCCAAGCUUCAAACCCAGUUCCCGGACAUGGAUACACCGGUGCUGAUCAGCGCCGCCCAGUAUAUGCGGGAGAAACAAGUGAAUAAGGCAAUAGAAGUGCUCACGGAGUAUGGAGAAAGUGCUGGUGGACUGGUAAGCGUUUGGCUGGCUGUGGCCCAGCUCCACCUUGCUUCAAGCAGUGUAAACAAGGCGUGUGAGGCAUUGAAGAAGCUAGGAGACCUGCAGUAUAAACCUGGCGUUGUGUCAACCCUGGUUACCCUCUACAUGAGUCAAGAAGAUUCUGACUCUGCGAUACAAGUGCUCUCUGAUGCUGUGGCCUGGACGCGGAAAAAUGAGCCGAAAUCUGAGUCACUUCAAGUCCUGCUGCGAGUGAACACCAAUUUUAUGCUGAAACACGGCAGUCCUGAGAACGCCAUACAGCUGCUGGAAGAACUGAGAAAAAAGAACCCGAAGGAUCCAAAAGUGCUGGCCCAGCUUAUUUCUGCAUACUCUAAAGUGGACCCAGCACGGGCCCAGAAACUGAGCAAAGACCUACCCUCCGUGGAUGAAAUAGCGCAGGAAGUUGAUGUGGAUUCACUCGAGACAGCAUUCAGCUCACUAGGACCUAAGUACAUGAAGAAAACCCAGAAGGCCGAGCCAUCCCCUGGGCCAUCGGGUGACUCUGCUGCCCUUAUUCAAAAGAAAAAGAACAAAAAGAAAAAGAAGACUAAGCUACCUAAGAAUUACAAUCCUGAUGUUGCCCCUGACCCUGAACGAUGGCUACCAAGAAAAGAGCGCUCAUACUAUCGUGGCAAGAGGAAGGACAAGAAAAAGGAUAUAGGCAAAGGUUCUCAGGGGGCAACCACAGCCAACAUGGAUGCUCUUGACGCUAGCAAAUCUCCCACAAUGGGAGCGAGUGGUGGCAGUGACACCAGCUCCCCACGACCUGGAUCUGCUAGUACCACAGCAUCUGUACCGCAAGGACCGCGUCAACAGAAACCAACCCAGGCGCAGAAGAAAAAGAAAAAGAAGGGAGGAAAGGGAGGAUGGUGAACCCGGGAAUAUGUUUGGGGGGUAGGGAUUGGGAAGGGGGAUGUGUUUGAAGGAAAUGAAUUGGGAAAGGGGAAAUUUGAAGAUCACUGGAUAUUUAACUUGUAAAAAAUUAAUGGAAUGAACUGGGUUGAUAUAGAUUGGGAAGAGGUUGAGUGAAUUGGGAAGGGGAGAAAAUAAGGGGUGUUUGGAAUAUUGCAAUAUGAUUGAGUGAAGAUGGACUUGAUACGGUCUAAUUGAUCUGGUAUGGAUGGUAGGACUUUUGGGAAGGUCUUAUAGGGAUCAGAAUUUGUUAAGCCAUAGGAAUACUAGAUACAUAUAGACUGUUGUGAAGAAUUUUCAUUUGAUUAUGCUCAUAAAUGUAUUUUUUAUGUAUGGAGUUUUAUUGUAGUUUGAUAAGUGAAAUUGGAAUGCAUGCUAUUCAUUUAUUUUGUCAAAAUUCCUAGUUAUAUUUCAAUUAUAAUAGUUCCAUUUUAUAUUUUAUCAACAUUUCUUGGAAAAUAUACAUUUCUUUGAGAUCAAUUGAUAACAAGUUCAGAGUAUUUAAUGUUAAAAAAACAAAAUCAGAUGUACAAAAUGUACCAAAAUAAAAUAUACUUCAAAAAUGUCUUUGCAUUAUUUAUCAAAUUUUCAGUCACCACUGACAUUAAUUGUUUUUGUUAUGCAUACUAGGGAGUAUGUGAGCUCAUCUUUCUACUUACUGCAGGUUCAAUGUUCUGGUCAUGUCUGGACCCUGUUUUAAUAAGAUAUGUUAGUCCUAAACAUUAUACUACUUAAGAGUGCUUGGGGUGCCUUCAGAGCAGUUUUAAAACACUAUGUGUACAUAUUCAUAUGAGCUUCUUUCUUUAGUUAGUCAUCCAUGUUUGUGUACUUGCAUAAGUUUAUGGGGUGUAAACUUUCCCUACCAGGAAAACUUAUUUUUGCAUCUCUUUAAAACAUAUGAUUCUCUUUAAAUGUGUGCUGUAACUAAUAUGUACAUAUUUUGGAUAUAAACUACUGUCAUUGGCACAUUUUAAAAUAUUUCCUGCAACUAAUCUGCAUACAACAUUUCUUGUCCUCGGAUGUUAAAUGUUUUCAGCUAACCCAAACACAAAUCAAUCCAAGUGAACUAUAUGUUUGUUGCCUAUAGUAUUACCCAUACAUACAUGCUCUGGAUUGAAAAUGACCACAAGAGCCAUCCAUGUCAGUAGAGCAUAGGCCCUCAUGGGCCUCUUGUUUCGUUUGUAUGCAUAUCUACACGUACAUGUUUGAGUAGUGUUUCAUGAAUCUACGUAUGUGUGCAUCUUUACAAUGAUGAGACUGUAUGCUAAAAUCAUGGUUAUAGUGUUUCCAGACAAGAAAAAGUACAAAGGCUAACUCAUAAUGGCAACUCCAUAAUAAGCUAGAAUAGAAUUACCUGUAUGUUUAUUG